AUAUUGCUAAUGCUAUUUGGAAAAGGGGAAGUUGUAACUAUUUUGCUAUGGUUAGCAUUACUAACGUUAGAAUUGUUACUGUUAACAACUGUUUUCUAUCGAAAACGGCUAAGUAUGCCACUAGGUCUAGGCUUCACGUAAUGUAGGCCUACAAUAACAGCUAGGCUGUUAAAAGCAAAUACACUAACCCAGUACUAGGUUAUGUAAUACUUAUUACUACAAACUACUGUUAGUCAAUAAAACUGCAGUACGCAUAAUUCAGUUUGGGACACGUGAGCCUAUCUUCCAAGGCAUGUGUAAUAUGACGUGUUUUAUUACCAGGUGGGAUCAGGUGGGAGGGUGGGAGGAGUCAAAGACGCGAGACGUCUCCGAAUCAGGGAACAAAGGUUAUGACUGGCCAAGGUGGACGAGAAGUUGACUUUCAUCGUUUUAAAGCUGAUGGAAGGAUAAGGAGCAUGCCAUCAUAAGGGGAUUUAAAAAGAAGAAUCGGGGCAAAGCAGAGAUGGCACAACAAGAGGAACCACUGUAUGAUUUCCCAGAGCCCACUCAGCCGUCAAAGCCAAAGUUUUUGGGCCAUCAAAGGGGCCGGGGCUCUCUGAGGAGCAUCAGCGUACUGGACCGUCUUCUGCUUACUGUUCCUGUAUGGUUUCAGCUGUCAAUCAACCCUGCCACUGCCCUGCACAUACUGCAGCGAGAGCCUCCUGGGACCUUCCUGGUACGUAAGUCUCGUACCUCACAGAGAAACGUGCUGUGUGUCCGUUUGGCAGACGACAGCGUGCCAUCCUUCGUCCAGCAGUUCGGGAUCACGGAGGAACAGUCCACUCUGUCUCUGGAGACUUCAGCCAUAAGCUUUCCAGAUCUCCCAAGGCUGAUUUCCUUCUACUGUGUCAGCAGAGAUGUAUUACCCUUCCCUCUGGAGCUUCCUGAAGCCAUUGCAAAGGCAGCAUCCCACAAGGAGCUGGAGUCCAUCUCACAUAUGGGAAUAGAAUUCUGGAGUUCCCACCUAAAUGUCCGUGGGCCACGACAGGCGCCUAAGCCCAAGAAAGACGAGGAGAAGAAGCCAGGCGCUGUAACCUCAGCCCCGCCUGCUGCUGCACCACAGACGGGUUCUGCAGCUCAGCCUGACUCACCUUCCCAGCCCAAUUCAGACAGGCUACUCGAGACAGCACCUGAAUCAGACAGUGACACCAAACAGUCAGGUCACAAGCCCACCGUGUUCCGUGAGUUUUGUCCCAUCACGACGCGCAGCCCCAGAGAGUUGGACUGUGGCUCCGGCCAGGGAGCUCUCUGCUUCAUCAAUCCACUUUUCCUGCAGUCCCAGAACGCUUCGUCCAGACGGCGCAUGUUCAAACGCAGCCUCAAAGUACGGAUUUCCACGGAGACGUCGACCAUGCUGUCGCCCCCACUUGCUCCUCCGCCUCCACCACCUCUGAUGCCCAAAACCAAAGGAAAAUGUAAAGCCCAAGCCCCGAGACAAGCCGGGCAGAUUGAUUCUACAUUUCAGGAUUCCCAGCAGUCCCUGAAACAGAUGCAGGACAACCCUAAUGAGGUCCAAGUUCAGCAUUCGUCAUCAUCUCCUCAUUUCCAGCUUGAGCUGCAGGAGCAGGGUCAAACUCAGAUGGGACCAGGCCAAAGUAAAGCUGGAGUCAGGGGAGAUGAGGCAGCAGCUCAGCUCCCAACAGUAAUGGAGCACCUUCCAGAUGGCUCAGACUACAUGGAGCCCUCUCCACUGAUCAGUUUCUCCCAUUCUCCCUUAUUCCCUCCUUACCUCUCCCCAUCUGUUUCUCCGACAGCGCGCCCCCUUUUCCCCAAAGUAUCUCCGACCCUCUCUCCUCAUGACUCUCCCGGUGCUUCUCCCUCCCUCUCACCUUAUCAGUCCCCAUCUCUUUCUCCCAAGCUUCCCCGUUCCCUCUCUCCACGCGACUCGCCCAGCGCUUCGCCCUCUCUUUCGCCCUAUCAGUCCCCAUCUCCCUCUCCUCAGGUCCCCUUCUCUCUGUCUCCCUUCACCUCUCUAGCCCUCUCUCCGCUGACAGAGCAGGCCUAUCAGACUCCCGUUUCUCCUUCAAGACCGGAUCAGCAGAGCUCGGAGGGAGAGGCCGAGGAGGUGGGAGCAGGUGCGGAUGAAAAUAAGAACGAAGAUGAUGAGACAAAUGAGGACCUGCACAAAAAGAAGGAAGCGGAGGAAGAGGCUCUGGUUUUGCAUAUGAGUGCUGCCUCUCUCAGUGAUACAGACAGCUGCAGUUCUUUCGGCAGUCUCGGGGGGCCGGCAGAGACUCCGUCUCACUCACCCCACAAAGAGGACGGUGGUCCAAACCUCUAGAGAACAUUUCAGACUGUAACUGAAUUAUAUUGUGUGAUAUCAUGAAGCACUGUGUAGAAUUACUUGUGUAGAUAUCAGUCACUAAGUAAUCUCCCAGGAGAGUCAUUCUGAAUACAACAGAGUUCAAUAGAGCAAAACUUUUAAGUUAAAUAGGUUUUACAAAACCAAAAAUUUGAAUUAUAAUAUUGGUUGUUCUGCAUGUUUUAACUACUAUCUAAUUUUUAAAUUUUACAUUUUACAAUUAUGACAGGCAGCCAUUUGUUUCCUUUGAUAUCAGUAUUUUCUGAAAACUAAUUAAAUAGAAUAUUUACUGAGUUGGGUAUGCCAUCAAAAUUAACCUUCAGUGUGUUUUAUUUUUCCCAUCAAAGCUACAAAUAAAAAUCACAGCCAUUGUUGUAAUAGUGUUACUGACAAAAUGUAUGACAAUCAAACCCCGUUUGUCAAAAAUCAAAGCUGUGGGAGAUGAUCAACUGCAUGACAAUAUAUAAACAUAACAGUGGGUGAUGUGAAUGAUCCUGUUGUUACUACAAUUCA